UUGUGAGAUGGGAGCACACACACACAGCCGCAACAUCACGGCCCAGCAAGCACGACCAAACCGCUGGGGAAAAGCGGACUAAAUUACAACAUUACCACACACACUGGGUAAGAAAAUGAAGAUAGUAACCGAACGGUUGACUGCCACCGAACCGCCGCCUCGGUUUUUACACGAGUCCGAUACUGUCUUCGCUUGCGUUACGUCCGUAUGAUCCUUUCUCCGUACGCUUAGGCGGUACAAAGGAGCAGCAGCACCUGAUAUUGAAGCCUAAUGGUCGGCUUGGAGUAGACGGACCUGUCGGGGCUACCAAGUCCGGACCUACCCACACAAACCGUCAGCAAACCAAGAGACUGUUUAUUUCUUAGACAUUUUCUUUCAGGAUUCUUUACGAGUUGACAGUGGACACCAACUAUUUGUUUGAAUUCCUUCUUUAAAGUGACAUAAUCUGGAAUAAUGUACGAGAAAAAAAGACCGCCUUUUCUCCUCCAUUAUGUCUCAUUCUCCUCCGUCCGGUCAUCCUAAACAGCCGCUGUGUUGUCCGCAAAUGGAUAUGCUGCCCACGACAAGUGUCAUCAGUUUGUGCUGGUGACCAGGUCAUCUUAAAGGCCUGUUGAAAACACUAUUUAAUCACAGGUGAGCUGUUGUGAGGAAAGCUUGCGUUGAAUUGGACAAAUAAGACACAAUAUGGUAGAGCCGGUGGGAUUCAUCGAGGCGUGGAAAGCUCAAUUCCCUGAGUCGGAACCCCCCAAGAUGGAGCUGAGGUCUGUGGGAGGUAUCGAGCACGAGCUGGAGAGAUGCAAAGCGUCCAUCAGGAGACUGGAGCAAGAAGUGAACAAGGAACGUUUCCGCAUGAUCUACCUGCAAACCCUCCUGGCCAAGGAGAGGAAAAGCUACGACAAACAGCGCUGGGGCUUUAGGAAAACGCCUCUCAAUGAGGGGGUGGACCCCAGUGCCUCUCAGGGGGCAGAGUCUCAGCAGCCGCACAUGCAGGAGACCGGCGGGGUGGGUUGCGGCGGCUACGGUGCCGCUCCUAUCGUGGACAGAAGCCGAUACCAGCCUCACGGAGAUGGAACCGGCAGAUCCAAACCGAGACCUCAACCGGCGAGGAAGUCGGCAUCCCACGGAGACGGGCUGGAGUCGGCUUUCGAGGCGCCCCAACAGGCUGAGUCGACAUCCUGUGACAAUCUGGACGGGCUCUCGCCCUCCAAGCAAAGAGGAGGCGUCUCCGCGUCGCCCCGAAGGCCGGUACUUCCGCCCCCGGAGAAGGAGCUGCCCUGCGACCCCAAAGACAAGCUUGGCAUGGGCCUCGGUGUGGCUGCUCUAAGAUCCAACUUUGAGAGGAUCAAGCGGGCCAACUCUCACUCUGUGGGCGAUAAAGGUCAAGAGAAGCAGCAGCAGCAGCCGCCGCUGCCACCGCCACCAUUCUACACCAACAUGGAGUUCCACCACGACAGGGGGCUGGUUCGGGUCAACGAGCGCGAAGUCUCGGACAAGAUCAGUUCCCUGGGGAACCAAGCCAUGCAGAUGGAGCGGAAGAGAUCCCUGCACUCGCUGCCUGGUAACCUGGCAACCGUGGCCGGGGAGCUCCGCGCCAGACCCGUGUACAGGGGUCGGUCCACCGAGAGCACCUGUGGCUACGAUGCAGAGUAUGAAGACGGAGAACCCAAUCAGAGACUUCAAAGAUCCAACGGUGGCGGUGGCGGCGACGGGCGGGGCGGCGUCCAAAUGCGAGACCACGGCGGCGGUGACGACCACCUCCUGACGUGGCCCCGCCGCUCAUACUCCCCGGGGAGCUUCGAGGACGUCGGCGGGGGCGGCGGCUACACGCCGGACUGCAGCUCCAACGAGAACCUGACGUCCAGCGAGGAGGACUUCUCGUCGGGACAGUCCAGCCACGUCUCGCCCAGCCCCACCACGGCCUUCCGGCGACCCUUCCGAGAGAAGAGCCGCUCGCCGUCGCAGAAUUCCCAGAACUCCCAGCACUCCUUCGACAGCAGCAGCCCCCCGACGCCGCAGUCGCAGAAGCGUCACCAUCGGCAGCAGGGGGGCCACGUGGUCAUGUCGGAGGCCACCAUUGUCAGCGUUCGCAAGACCGGUCAAAUCUGGCCACCUGCUGUACAUCACGGGAGAAUGUCGCACGAUAACAGUUUCCAUGGAGACCACCUCGACGGCCAUUACACCGGGACUCCACCGUCUUACGGUUAUGACGCCGACCGCGCCGAGGAGCAGCGGCGGCACCACGACAUCCUGCCGUACAUCGACGACUCGCCUUCUUCCUCACCUCACCUGAGCUCCAAGAGCCGAAGCAGCCGGGAUACCCUCUCGUCGGGAUCGCUGGAGUCCUCCAAGUCGACGGAAUGUGACCUGGAGAAAGGUUUGGAAAUGAGGAAGUGGGUCCUGUCUGGGAUUUUGGCCAGCGAAGAAACAUACCUCAGUCACCUGGAGGCACUGCUGCUGCCCAUGAAGCCUUUGAAAGCGGCGGCCACCACGUCGCAGCCCGUGCUCUCCGUGUCCCAGAUCGAAACCAUCUUCUUCAAAGUGCCUGAGCUCUACGAGAUCCACAAGGAGUUCUACGACGGCCUCCUGCCCCGCGUCCAGCAAUGGAGCCAUCAUCAGAGAGUCGGGGAUCUCUUCCAAAAACUGGCCAGCCAGUUAGGCGUCUACAGGGCGUUUGUGGACAACUACGAGCUGGCGGUGGAGACGGCCGAGAAGUGCUGCCAAGCCAACACGCAGUUUUCUGAAAUCUCCGAGAACUUAAAGGUGAGAAGCCCCAAAGACUGCAAGGAGCCGACAGCAAAGAAUUCCCUCGAGGCUUUGCUUUAUAAACCGGUGGACAGAGUGACGCGGAGCACGCUGGUGCUUCAUGAUUUGCUCAAACACACUCCCACUAGCCACCCCGACCACCCGCUUCUCCAGGACGCUCUACGCAUCUCCCAGAAUUUCCUGUCCAGCAUCAACGAGGAGUCCACACCCCGCCGCCAGCUGAUGACUGUCAAAAAGGGAGAGAAUCGCCAGUUACUGAAGGACAGCUUCAUGGUAGAGCUGGUGGAGGGCGCCAGGAAACUGCGACACGUCUUUCUCUUCACCGACCUGCUGCUCUGCGCCAAACUGAAAAAACAAAUUGCAGGUAAAAACCAACAGUAUGACAGCAAGUGGUACAUCCCGUUAAGCGAGCUCACCUUCCAGGGCCCAGAAGAGGCCGAACCCCUCACAAUCCCACAGGUCCCAGAUGAAGAACUGGAUGCCAUGAAGGUGAAGAUCUCACACCUGCGCAGUGAGAUCCAAAGGGAAAAGAGAGCCAACAAAGGUUCAAAGGUCAUCGACCGCCUCAGGAAGAAGCUGUCCGAGCAGGAGUCGCUGCUGCUCUUAACUUCUCCGAGCAUGCAUCUCAGAGUCUACAAUAAGAAUGGCAAGAGCUACAGCUUUCUCAUUUCAUCCGACUACGAGCGUGCCGAGUGGAAGGAGCUCAUCAAAGAGCAGCAGAAGAAAUGUUUUAAAGCCGCUUCCUUAUCUUCCAUGGAGCUCCAAAUGUUGACCAACUCUUGCGUCAAGCUCCAAACGGUCCAUCACGUCCCACUUAGUGUCAGUAAAGAAGAGGAUGAAGCCCCGGGUCUCUGCGGGUUCCUGAAUGUAAUCGUCCACUCCGCCUCCGGCCUCAAACAGAGCUUGAAUCUCUAUUGCACAUUGGAGGUGGAUUCUUUCGGCUUCUUUUCAAACAAAGCCAAGACGAGAGUGUAUCGAUACACCACUGAGCCCAAAUGGAACGAGGAGUUUGAGAUCGAGCUGGAGGGCUCGCAGACCCUGCGGCUGCUCUGCUACGAGAAGUGCUACAAUAAGAGCAAGCAGAACAAAGAGGACGGCGAAAGCAUGGACCGCAUCAUGGGCAAAGGACAGAUCCCGCUGGAUCCUCAAGCUCUCCAAGGAAAAGACUGGCAAAGAACUGUCAUUCCAAUGGACGGGAUCGAAGUCAAACUAUCCAUAAAGUUCACCAGCCGCGAGUUCAGCCUGAAGAAAAUGCCCUCGCGGAAACCUAUGGGGGUGUUCGGGAUCAAGAUCUCAACCGUUACAAAACGAGAGCGUUCCAAGGUGCCCUACAUAGUCCGGCAGUGCCUGGAGGAGAUCGAGCGGAGGGGAAUGGAGGAAGUAGGCAUCUAUCGAGUUUCUGGAGUGGCCACCGACAUCCAGGCCCUCAAGACGGCCUUCGACACCAAUCACAAAGACGUGUCGGUGAUGAUGAGCGAGAUGGACGUCAACGCCAUCGCCGGGACCUUGAAGCUGUACUUCCGAGAGCUGCCGGAGCCGCUCUUCACCGAUGAGCUCUACCCCAAUUUCGCGGGCGGCAUCACUCUCUCGGACAGCGUCGCCAAGGAGAGCUGCAUGUUGAACCUGCUGCUGUCGUUACCCGAACCCAAUUUGGUCACCUUCCUUUUCCUCUUGGACCACCUGAAGAGGGUGGCGGAGAAGGAGAGCGUCAACAAAAUGUCGCUUCACAACCUGGCCACCGUAUUUGGCCCGACGCUGUUGAGACCCGCCGAGAAAGACAGUAAAAUCCCCAGCAACCCCACACAGCCCAUCAGCAUGGGGGACAGCUGGUCCCUGGAGGUCAUGGCACAGGUCCAGGUGCUGCUGUAUUUCCUCCAGUUGGAAACCAUUCCCACACCAGAUAGUAAACGACAGAGCAUCCUCUUCUCCACGGAGGUAUAGAAACGACUGUGUUUACCUCAAGCACGAUGUCUCAAUGGAGUACGUUUUUUGAAUUGACUACGUCGCGUAGGAAGGAUUUUUUUCUCUCUUGGGAAUCUCCUUCUUUCAUCUACAUUCCUCUGUUUUUCUCCAUAUUAGUCAACAGGGAAAAAAAAAAUCCUGCUUGUUAUGUGUUUUUAUGUGAUCUGGGCCUCAAUUU